UUUGUAGGUAGUUUUGAUUAUAAUUGAUUUUUUUUUGGUGAGUGUCAAUGUAGUUGUACUAUAAAGCUGAUAAUGAAGUUAUUGAAUACAUCAUGAGCCACCAGGGUGGAAAACCUUGGCUCAAGUGAUCAACGUAGGUCCUACGGUCGUUUCAUGACUAGGCGCAUGACAGUAGAUUUUCAUCGUAGUAAAGAGAUGGCAAGCAUUUGCUAGCAUAUGGAGUAUCAGCUAUAAUAUCAUGUUCUUUCAAUAUUUUUGCAAUAAUCUCGAAAAUUUUAGCGAAUAUCAAUGACGUCCACGGUUAUGGUCAUCGUCUUUCUGCGGAGUUACCUCCUUCAGUUAUUUAUUGCUACGGUUGAGAGCGUCCAGCUAGACUAUGAUCAGACUCACAUCAUCCACAGUCGUGAUAUUCUACGAGCCUUGAUCCUCUUAUGUUCUUAGUGGCUAGAUAGUUCAAGUUCGCUUAGUUUGUAUUUACACAAAAGGUGAUAAUGAAGUUGGGUUAAAAUCAUAGCGCUUCAAAAUUGUAGAGAUUGGAGGAGGAAGUAGCAGCUACUUAUUUAUUGAAUUAUCUUCCGGAGAAAGCACGCACUUCUACGAAUCAUCUGGUUCUUGCUUUAAUGGGCUACCAAAAAAAUGCUGCUCGUUAGGAGUUCUUCAUUGAGGAUAUGGAUAUCCAUUUUGCAGGUGAUAGCUCUUGUUCUUUGAUUCGAUUACCUAU